AAGAGUUCGAAAUUUUUUCCUCGACGGUGUGUGUACCUCGAUUUAGUGUUUUUGAUUAUAUUUUUUCUGUGCUUCUCUAUUAACAACAAGAAAGAAAAAAAAACGAAAAUAUUAUUAACAAAAAGUUGAAAUUUUGGCAAAGCGUUGAAGUUGAAUCACCGACACCUUUGAUGGAAGCUCAUAAAUACAUACUGUCAAUAUAUGGGGCAUGACUUACGAGUAUAGGAAAACAAUUAGGAACAAUUGUUUAUGCAAUUUUGCAUUGAAAAUAUCGUCACUCAAGAAAAAAAAAAAAAAAACAAAACCAACAACAGAUUUGGGGUUGUUUCUAUCCGCAAAUAUUUACAAAUAACUAAAUAAAAACAACCAAUUGUCAAAAUCGUAUUGGUUGGCAAUGUGGCAACAUGCGGGAUCCAGCAAAGAAUCAAAAGUAAACAAAUUUGCAAUGAAGCAAAUAAAUGUGAGUGUGGUGGGUCUCUCCGGCAAUGAAAAGGAAAAAGGUCAAAUGGGCGUAGGAAAAUCAUGCCUAUGUAAUCGUUUCAUACGCCCAAUGACUGAUGAUUAUUUUAUCGAUCACAUAUCUGUGUUGAGCCAGUCGGAUUUUAGCGGACGAAUAGUUAACAACGAUCAUUUCCUGUACUGGGGAGAAGUUAAGAAAACCACAGACGAGGGCACCGAGUACAAUUUUAAUGUUGUAGAGCAAACCGAGUUCAUAGAUGAUGCUACAUUCCAACCCUUUAAAGUAGGCAAAAUGGAACCAUACUACAAACGUUGUACUACAACCAAAGUAGCAUCGGCUGAAAAGCUUAUGUACGUAUGCAAGAGUCAGUUAGGAAUUGAGAAAGAAUAUGAGCAAAAAGUAUUGCCUGAUGGACGCCUCACGAUCGACGGCUUUGUUGUUGUUUUCGAUGUCAGUCCAGUUCCAAAUCGAUCACUUGAGAAACAAGUUGAGUUCGUUCAUAACAUACUGAUGAAUUUGAUUAAGACAAAAAAACCCAUAGUAUUAGUUACGACAAAAAAUGAUGACGCCAGUGAAGCUUAUAUUCGUGAAGCGGAAAAAGUUUGUCAGCGAAAGGAAUACAAAGGCGCGAUUCAACUGGUUGAAACAUCAGCUCAUGAGUCAAUUAACAUCGAUAUGGCUUUUAUACUAUUGGCGCAGCUAAUUGAUAAGACUAAAAAUCGCACGAAGAUAACUACUUAUAACGAAGCAGCUCGGACACGCAAAGAACUUUUAGAUACAAGAACCGAAGCUGUUGCUAAGUUAAUUCGAAAUCAAAUAACUGAUUAUCAUACUCUAUGGUCGCACGGCUCAAAAAUGCUCGCACAACACCGGGAGUGGAACGAAUUCUUGGAUUUGUUCGGUCAAGAAGCUGGGCAGAGAAUUUUCCGAAGGCACAUGAAAAAAUUGCGAGAUGAUCAUUUGAACAAACGUCUUCAGCAAUAUAUGGAUGGAUUUGUUGGUGCUUUGCAGGAUAUUAUUCCUGACAUAGGCACAUUUAAUAUUGAAACUGACGAAGAUUGGAAUUCCGUUAGGAAUUACAUAAGAAAUCAUGUAGAAUUUGAUCAAUACUUUUUCGAUUGUCAACGUGCGCCCUGGACAGAUUUGAGUGAUGUCAGUGACAUUGAAGAUGAAGCAAGAAUUCCGUUUGAUAUUUUGGAUACUCCAGAAGCCGAAACUGUUUUCAAAAAUCAUUUGAACGCAUUGCAACAGGAACAAAAGAGAUUAGAAUGGAAGAAGCAAUUUAAAAAACUUCUAGAAGAGACUGGCUACGUAACACCAGGCAAACAGCUUGCUGAGGUUCGCGUCCUCUUUAUGGGUCGUGAAUGCUUUGAAGCACUCUCUGAACAUGAUUGUCAACAAAUUUACGAUAAUCAUCAACGAGAACUUAUUGAUAAGGCCAAGCACAAUUUCUUGGAGUUACUCUUAGAACAUGCAGAUCUUUUUCAACAUUUUAAAAAUUUAGAACCGUCAGGUACGAUUACCCAAGAUGACAUAAAAGAAAUUACUGAAGUAUUACAAGAUGAUUUAAGAUAUAAGUUAUUGGAUCGUCUUGACCAGGAUAGAAAAGUAAUGCUGUUCCAACAUCUUGGCUUUAUUCAUUGUCCAAUAAGAGAACAUUGUCCAGCUUUUCCCAACUGCAUGGAUUGCAUGAUUGAACGAAUAUUAAGCUCAAAGAAAACAAGUACGCUUUCAUCAAACAAAUGGAAAUCUCCAUCCACGGAAAGUAUUUUGAAUCUUCUGAUAAUGGGGUCAGAGCAUUUAGCUAGUGAUUUACUAAAUGACAUCCGAAUAAGUUCUGGUAGUGAAGGGGAAUAUAUUUACGAUAAUCAGACGUACUAUCUCAACUAUCGAAUUGUGAAUGGAGACAUGGAAUCUUUUAAGUCAAUUGAUUUUCAAUCUAGUGGUUUGAUUUGUGUUUACUCAAAUCAGCAAUCAUUUGAAACUUUAAAAGAUAACUUAGAACGCAGUUUACUAUGUAAUUUGGAAUUGGAAGAUAAAUUUGAAAAUCUACCUAUUGUUUUAGUCUAUCAACCACAUGAUUUAAAAGAAAACGAAAUUGACUAUUUACGUACUGAAGGAUUGCGCUUAGCCGAAAUGUUGCACUGUGAAUUUAUUGACACAAUGAACUUUUACCGACACCGUCAAACACCUCACCAAAAAUACGUGUAUGAAAUUCUUAACAACUUGAUCAUUAGCUUACGCCUAUCAGAUAUUAAAUGCGAUGAUUCAUAUCAGCCAGAUCAUCCAGACUUGAGAAUUAUCAUUUGUAUGUUUUGUGGUGAUCUAUAUUCUCCAGAGAGCGUUCUUGCUCCUUUAGUAUCAGAAUCUACGUUUAGUGUUACCCAGGAUCGAAGUAUUCUAGUAGAUACUUUCCUUGGAGAAUCAAAAAGACGAAUUGAAUUUAUAAUUUCUUCCUAUCAUGGAGCAAAUCAAUAUCGCGAUGAAUUGAUACACGGAUUUAUUUUGUUUUAUUCAACAAAAAGAAAGUCAUCUUUAGCCAAUUUAAAUGCUUUUACAAUGAACAUUCCAAACAUGCCAAUACAAAUAAUUGCAAUUACUGAAAACGGAGGUGCUAAUGCAUUUUUCAAUAAUGAUUUGUGUCAACUGUUAAUAACCGAAGGAAACUCGAUUGCUGAUCGAUACCGUGGUAAUUUUAUGACGUCAUCGGCUGGACAACCAUUGAAAUUUGCAAUUUAUACACCCUUUUUGAAGAAAGUCUGGGAUCGCAAGCCAGAAAUCGAAAGCCUCCACAUGGAAGAACCAGUCACUUUGGAUUCCGGAGAAGGCACUUUAGAGCACUCAAUGCAUCAUUUGCCACAGCCUCCACCAAGGCACGAGAGCUAUAUGCUUAAAAAUACUGCGGGUACUGAUGGUUCUGGCAGCGAAAAUUAUGAGCAUCUUCCAACCAGAUCUUUGAAUUCACUAAAUGUUAGACGUGUUAUGAAAAACGUUAUUUUCCGCAAGCUGUCUCCAUCACAUAUGAAAAGAACAACAAUCCUUGUGGCUACAAAAACUUGUGAAAAAGAUAUAUCCAUGGAUGAUACGUAUGAUGAUGAUAAGGAUGAGAAAGCUAGACUUUUACAUCAAGGAUUCCAGAUUUAUCCACCACCAACAACGCCCCCAGAGCCUGCACCUCCAGACCACCAUAUGGCUCCCUCAUCGAUAAUGCGUCAAUUCAAGGGGAAUUUAGUUUCAGCAUCUCAGUCCAGUUUAGACGAGAUCACAUCGGAUGUGAGCGGUUCAAAGGAUUCAUUGACAACUCAUGAUUCAGGUUGGCUGGAUGAUCAGCUCUUUAUAAGUCGAGAAGCCGAAAAACAUGAUGUCCGUGGCAGUGUUAGGAGAAACACGAUUUGGAAUAAUUUUAGCGGUUCAAAUCAUCAUGCAUUCACAACGGGACGUCGACAAAACGAGUCUAGUUUUGCAAAUAAAAUAAGACCAAAGGGACCUAGUCAGACUUUGAAGCAACCUGGUAAAUUGAACCUGAAGAACUUCCAGCUAGUGAGUGAUGCGGUAGCCCGGAUGAAUGUGAGCAGUGACACCAAUCUUGCAGAAGGUGAUAACAAAAACGUUUUAAAUUUAAAUAAUAAAUCGUCAAUAUUUGAUCAUGCUCCCCUUGCGGCUCCCGAAGAUGAUUCCGAUGAGAUGGCCGAAUACGCACAAAUUAAAAACGUAUACGGGGAUGAAGGUAACAAUGAUCAAAUGUACAACUUGCCACAUGAUUUGACACCAAGCAAAUCGAGCAAAUCUAGACAACGUCGGGAUAAAGAACAAAAGUAUUCGGAGUCAGAUAGUGAUUCGAGUUCAUCAGAACAGCGAAAAGCUAGAGAUGGUUACUACAAGAUGAACCGCAAGCAACAGACGCAUAAACGUACAAGGAAAAAGCGCGUUCCCAUUCCAGUUCAGCCACCAAAAGUUCCACCUUUUGGAACUUUUGUGAGUCCUCCUGAAAUUCCAAUGCAUUAUCAAAAAAUGAAAACUCUAGAAAAAGUUAAACACAUGCAUCCUGAUGUUCAAGAGGAAGAAUCAAGUGUAGAUGUGUCGUCUCCAAGGGAUAACAACUCCCCUAUAGUAAGUGACACGAUUUCGACCACACACGCAGAUACCGUUUCAUUUCUCAAAUUUCAGUUUGGUAUGGUGUCAAAACUGACAGGAGAUAAUGAAAAAUUGCUCGAUAUAAAAAUGAAACAAAAAAAUUGGAAAGAAGAAGAAAAAUUAGAAAAACGUCGUUUGAAAGAAGAGCAAGCAAAACUUCGAAAGCAACAGGAUAAAGAAAAAGAACAAGAAAAGAAAAUGAAACGGAAGUCUAAGCAAAACAGCAAGGCAUCAUCUGGUGCGAUUGAGAGUCUUGAAACAGCUUUAUCAUCUCUACCAGAGUUUAUGCAGUCUGAUAAAAAUAAUAUACCAAUAUUUUUGCACAAGUGCAUACAAUUUAUUGAACAGGAAGGUUUGGACUCCGAAGGUAUAUAUCGUGUUCCUGGAAAUCGUGCUCACGUGGACUUGUUAUUCCAAAAGUUUGAAGAAGAUUCGAACGUUGACAUUGAAUUGUUGGAUAUACCAGUUAAUGCUGUUGCUACGGCGUUAAAAGAUUUUUUCUCCAAGCGUUUUCCACCACUCUUCGACAAGGAAGUAAUGGCUGAGUUGGAAGAAAUUGCUGGUACACCAAACGUUAAACCAGAAACGGAAAUUGUAGGCUCACGAAAUAUGUCAUCUGCUAAACUAAGUAUGGAAGUAAAAACAGACCGCAGCUGCCGUUUGAUAUCAUUAAGAAAUCUGCUCAAUAAAUUACCGGUUGUUAAUUUUGCCAUAUUGAAGUUUAUUUUUCAACAUUUUGUUCGAGUAUCAGAAAACUCAAAACUCAAUAGCAUGGAUAGUAAAAAUCUCGCCAUUUGCUGGUGGCCAACACUUAUACCAAUUGAAUUCACUGAUAUGGGACAUUUUGAACAACUGCGUCCAUAUCUUGAAGACAUUGUGCAAACUAUGAUUGAUCAAUUCCCUUAUUUGUACUGUGGGGACAAGGCAUAGGAGACCAGAAUAAAAACAAAUUAUUAGAAAAUAAUAAUGUAUGUAAUGUGAGCAAAUGUUUUAACAAAACUAGCUAUUAUAUAUAAAAAAAAUUUGAUCAACAACAACAAUAUACAAAACUGAAUAUAAACAUAAAAGAAUAGUAAUAAAACAUUACCUACUGUUAAGCAAAAGAAAAAAAUAUGAAUGAAACUUACCUUUAACAAUUACACGAAACAGAAAUAUAUUUUUUAUUUUUUUAUUAAAAAAAAGGAAAAUUAAAACUAAGAUUUAAAAAAUUGUAAAGAAAAAUGAGUAUCUCAAGUGCAAGAGAGACAAGGAGAUCCAAUGAAUGUAAUUUCGUUAGUAAUUAGUAUUAUUAAAAAGUGGAGCCAAAUUGAAGAUAAUUAUAAAACAUUCAAUUUGAAAAAUGAAUUAUAUAUGUAGAGUUACAAUUUAAAUAAUAAAAUUAAUUAAAGAAAUAAAAAUAAAUGUGGUAUAUAUUUAACGUGAUAUUUA